AAAAGCGCUGAUCAACAUGGCAACGACAGGAUAUAGCCACGAACUAUUAUAAUGACUAUAGAAAAGAAUAUUCUCACCGGUUAAUCAUUAUCAUUGACUUGCCUUAGACUAUCUUAUCUAGACUGUCUCCUCAUUUGCCAUUUCACCUUCAUGACAACCACAACCUGAAGGCAAUGUCCAUUCGUUGCCGUCCAUACUGUACCAGAAUGGACCAACUUUCUACAUGAGGGAUUUCAAACAUAAAAUAUGGCUGUUUCUCAGGCGCACCUUUGGAUUUUAGUUAUAUUAAUUUUUCCCAAAUCAAACUGGGGAUUGUUAUCUGACUUUAAGAUUUGUGGUGAUUCUGAAUGUGAACGCUUGAUGAGCCGCGUGCAGGCAACAAGAAACCACAAAGGACAGGAUUGCAGGUUCCUCAACUUCAAAAAAGGAGAUGACAUAUUUGUUUACCACAAACUCACAGGGAAGAGAGAUGACCUGUGGGCAGGGAGUAUUGAUAAACAGUUUGGGUACUUUCCAAAGGAUGCAGUUAAAGUUGAUGAAAUGUUCACAGUCACAGAGGAAGUAAUAGCCACAAAGGAUCACGACUUCUUCUGCAUAGACGCGUAUGGCAGUUUGAUUGAGAUAGACGUCAGCAAGUCAAACGAAGAAGAGGAGCGUAUUGUUUCAGAGACUUUAAUAACAGCCACCAGUGAUGAGGCUCAGACUGCAUCAGAGAAUGUGUUGGUGCCCAAAGGCUCAUCAGACAACGCUGAGAGAGACAGCAGUACUGAGCAGGCAGAGAGGGAAACUGAAAUCACCGACAGUGAGCAAGCCUCCGUCCCCAGUCAUGAGAAGGGCACAGGGACCAGUGAGACCAGCCAGGCUGGAGUACCAUCAGGUAUCUCUGAAGAUACACGUGAACCUUCCCCCAGCGAACCACCAGGUGGGUCCUCUUGGAUUGGCUCCCCGGUCACAGACUGGCUGGGGUUUAGUGGUGGGGAAGAUGGAGCAGGAGGUAUAGGAGUAGUAGAUGGAGUAGGAGAACAGCCCAAAGAGUUCUUCAGGAAAAGGAAAUUGUCCAUAGAUUUAGAGGAGAACCAUCUGCAGGUGGAGACCAAGACCACGGUAUUCGGCUGGCUGGGGGAGGGGUUGACCAGUACCCUAGGGUUGGGUGGAGCUGCCCCUGAACCGGCUGUAUCAGGAAGUGAGACUGAGAUCAAAGAAGAAAAACCCACACAGUCCAGCUCUUGGUUGGACAUGGGCAUCAAUGUUCUAGGGUUCGGGCAGAGCAAUGAGGAUAAAGAGAGAGGGCCAGUGGAUGAAGACAUGAAGAAGAAUCACGAUCCGUCUGGAACAGCAGGGUCAAGAGAGCCAUCUAGUGUUCAACCUAGUCAGCCUCACAGCACUGAAGGGGAAGAUCAGAUAGGCCUACAGGCUCGUCAGGCCCUGGAAGAAACCUUAACUGACAGUCAGGUCAGGCAAGAUAAAGAUGAAAACUGGUACGGAAGCAUCUAUAACAACAUUGCAAGUCUAUAUGGAAACACGCCUGAGGUCGAUAAUGAACCGGAGGCUACAAUUAGGGAAACAGCAGAUCAUGAGUCCAUAGAAAGAGAGGCCGCAGAAAGAGAAGCUGGAGAAAUAAAGGGCGUCAAACAAGACGACACAGAAAAGGAGGCUGCUGAAAGAGAGGCCGCAAAACGAGAGGCGGCAGAAAAAAAGGCUGCAGAAAGUGUGGCCGUAGAGAGGGAGGCCGCAGAGAGGGAGGCUGCAGAGAGGGAGGCUGCAAAACAAAAGGCAGCAGAACGAGAUGCUGCAGACAGAGAAGCUGCAGAGAGGGAUGUUGUAGAGAAGGAGGCUGCAGUGAGAGAGGCUACAAAAAAAGAGGCUGUAGUCAGAGAAGCUGCAGAACAUGAGGCCACAGAAAGGGAGGCUGCAGAAAAGAAGGCUGCAGAGAGGGAGGCCUCAGAAAGGGAGGCUCCAGAAAGAGAGACCACAGAAAAGGAGGCUGUAGAAAGGGAGGCUGCAGAAAGAGAGGCUGCAGAAAUGGAGGCUGCAGAAACAGAGGCCACAAAAAGAAAGGUCACAGAAAGAGAGGCUGCAGAAAGAGAGGCCGCCGAAAGAGAGACCACAGAAAGAAAGGCGGCAGAAAGAGAGGCAGCAGAAAGGGAGGCUACAGAAAGAGAGGCUGUGAAACGAGAGGCUGCAGAAAAAGAGGCUGCAAAACAAGAGGCUGCAGAAAGAGAGGCUGCAGAAAGGGAGGCCGCGAAACGAGAGGCUGCUGAAAGGGAGGCUGCAGAAAAAGAGGCUGCAGAAAGAGAGGCCACGAAACGAGAGGCUGCUGAAAGGGAGGCUGCAGAAAAAGAGGCUGCAGAAAGAAAGGCUGCAGAAAGAGAGGCUAAAAAGAGGCUGCAAAACAAGAGGCUGCAGAAAGAGAGGCUGCGAAACGAGAGGCUGCUGAAAGGGAGGCUGGAGAAAGAGAGGCUGCAGAAAGAGAGGCAGCAGAAAGAGAGUCAGCAGAAAGGGAGGCUACAGAAAGAGAGGCCGUGA